AUGCAGACCUUAACUGGCAAAACAAUAAUGUUUGAUAGCUUUCCCGAUCCUUCGGAUACCUGGGAAAUAACUGAGACUAUCGGCAAAGGAACGUAUGGCAAAGUUUUUAAGGUAUUCAACAAGAAAAAUGGGAGCAAAGCAGCGGUCAAAAUCUUGGAUCCAGUUCACGACAUUGAUGAGGAAAUUGAAGCUGAGUACAACAUCUUGAAAGCGCUCUCUGAUCAUCCCAAUGUAGUGAAGUUUUAUGGACUUUAUUACAAAAAAGAUGUGAAGGAUGGGGAUCAGCUCUGGCUGGUGCUGGAGUUAUGCAAUGGAGGUUCUGUGACUGACCUCGUGAAAGGGUUUUUAAAGAGAGGGGAAAGAAUGAGUGAACUUCUCGUCGCUUACAUUUUGCAUGAAGCACUCAUGGGACUUCAGCACUUGCACAAAAACAAAACCAUCCACCGUGAUAUCAAGGGAAAUAACAUCCUGUUGACCACUGAAGGAGGUGUUAAACUUGUGGAUUUUGGUGUAUCUGCUCAGCUGACCAGUACUCGUCUCCGGCGGAAUACGUCAGUGGGGACUCCCUUUUGGAUGGCUCCUGAGGUGAUUGCCUGUGAGCAACAGCUGGAUAGUUCCUAUGAUGCCCGGUGUGAUGCGUGGUCACUAGGAAUCACCGCUAUAGAACUGGGGGAUGGGGACCCACCCUUGGCUGAUUUGCAUCCUAUGAGAGCCCUUUUCAAAAUACCCAGAAACCCACCUCCAACGUUACGGCAGCCGGAGCUGUGGUCGCCAGAAUUCAAUGACUUUAUCAGCAAGUGCUUGACCAAAGAUUAUGAGAAACGGCCCACAGUGACUGACCUGCUGCAGCAUGAAUUUGUGAAGCAGGUGGAGGGGAAGGAGAACAUUCUGCAGAUGCAAUUGAUGGAAUUCAUUGAUGUUCAUCAGCAAAUGGGAAUCACAGAAAGAGCAAGCUCUAGAAUGCCUUCUUUCUCUCUCUCUCUCCACAGAUUUGAGCGUAUUCAUACCAAGAAGGGGAAUUAUAACAGGUCUCCAGUUGCAAAUCAGGAAGAUGUAGAUGAUUUAGCAAUGUUGGAAGUACUAGACGAGAAUACAGUAACGGAGCAACUGCAGAAGAGCUACUCCAGGGAUCAGAUAUAUGCCUACGUGGGAGAUAUUCUCAUUGCAAUCAAUCCUUUUCGAAACUUAGACCUUUAUUCUACAAAGCAUUCCAAACUGUACAUUGGGGCCAAACGGACAGCCAAUCCACCUCACAUUUUUGCUGUGGCUGAUAUCGCAUACCAGUCUAUGAUCACUUACAAUUCAGAUCAGUGUAUUGUCAUUUCUGGAGAAAGCGGAGCAGGAAAGACCCAAAGUGCCCAUCUUCUGGUUCAGCAGCUUACUAUCCUUGGAAGGGCUAAUAACAGAACGCUGCAAGAAAAGAUUCUCCAGGUCAACAAUCUGGUGGAGGCUUUUGGAAAUGCAGGCACUAUUAUUAAUGACAAUUCCAGCAGGUUUGGGAAAUAUCUAGAAAUGAAGUUCACUUCUAGUGGAACUGUUGUGAGUGCUCAGAUUUCGGAAUAUCUCCUAGAAAAAUCCAGAGUCAUCCAUCAAGCUGUAGGUGAGAAGAAUUUCCAUAUUUUUUAUUACAUCUAUGCUGGUUUGGCAGAGAAGAAGAAACUAGCACACUAUAAAUUAGCAGAACAUAAGCCUCCCAGGUACCUGCAGAAUGAACAUCUCAGAACAGUACAAGAUUUCAUGAACAAUACGUUCUAUAAAUCCCAGUUUGAAUUAAUUGAACAGUGCUUCAAAGUGAUUGGCUUUACAAUGGAGGAACUAGGGAGCGUGUACAGCAUACUUGCUGCCAUUUUAAAUGUGGGCAAUAUUGAAUUUUCAUCGGUGGUAACUGAGCACAUGAUUGACAAGAGCAUCAUUUCCAAUCCUACGCCUCUUGAGAAUUCUGCUUCCUUGCUAUGUAUUCAGGCAGAUGAAUUGCAAGAAGCUCUCACCUCGCACUGUGUGGUGACCCGCGGGGAAACCAUUAUACGCCCCAAUACAAUGGAAAAGGCGACAGAUGUAAGAGAUGCUACAGCCAAAGCGCUGUAUGGGCGUCUCUUUAGUUGGAUAGUCAACCGUAUCAACGUGCUGCUCAAGCCAGAUACAGUUUUAAGUGGAAGUGACGAGGGACUGAACAUUGGGAUUCUUGAUAUCUUUGGGUUUGAAAACUUCAAAAAAAAUUCUUUUGAACAGCUCUGCAUCAACAUUGCCAAUGAACAGAUCCAGUUCUACUUCAAUCAGCAUGUUUUUGCAUGGGAACAGAAUGAAUACCUGUACGAAGGAGUUGAUGCUCGAGUUAUUGAGUAUGAGGACAACAGGCCUUUGUUGGAUAUGUUCCUCCAAAAGCCUAUGGGGUUAUUGUCUCUUCUUGAUGAGGAAAGCCGUUUCCCACGAGCCACUGAUCAGACACUUGUGGAAAAAUUUGAAGACAACUUGAAGUCAAAAUAUUUCUGGAGGCCGAAAAGAAUUGACUUAACGUUUGGGAUUUAUCAUUAUGCUGGAAAGGUUCUUUAUAAUGCAGGCGGGUUCUUAGCUAAAAACAGGGAUACGUUGCCAGCAGACAUUGUACUACUGUUGCGAUCUUCAGAAAACUAUUUGACCAGACAGCUGGUAAUCCACCCUCUUACAAAAACAGGUAAUUUGGCACACAGUAAAAGCAAGACUGCAAUAAACUACCAAAUGUGGACUCCACAGAAAUCCAUCAGCCAAACUAAGCUGGAUAUCUUUGUGUUGUGCAAUUCGUAUUCCUUCCGUGAGAGUGAGUCAGAAGAUACCACUCAUCACCCAAGAGAAACAACCAAUAUGAAAACUCAGACAGUUGCUUCAUAUUUUAGAUAUUCACUAAUGGAUUUAUUAUCUAAAAUGGUGGUUGGCCAACCUCACUUUGUCCGUUGCAUUAAGCCAAACAAUGAGAGACACGCAAACAAGUAUGACAAGGAGAAGGUGUUGGUACAGCUGCGCUACACAGGGAUUCUUGAAACUGCACGAAUUCGGAGACAGGGAUAUUCUCAUCGCAUUCUCUUUGCUAACUUCAUAAAACGAUAUUAUAUCCUGUGUUACAAAUCAAGCGACAACCCUCCCGUAAGUCCUGAGACAUGUGCUGCAAUCUUGGAAAAAGCCCAGCUUGAUAACUGGAUACUUGGUAAAACUAAGGUGUUCCUCAAAUACUACCAUGUAGAGCAGCUAAAUUUAAUACGGAAGGAAACAAUCAACAGGAUUGUUUUGAUUCAAGCAUAUGUCAGAGGAUGGCUUGGUUCAAAGAGAUACAAAAAGUUAAAGGAGAAAAGAGAAGAAAGUGCAAUCAAAAUACAGUCAGCUUACAGGGGCUAUGCUACUCGUAGAGAAUAUACUCAGACAAAAAAUUCAUCGAAAAUGGAAACGCGUGUUACCAGACUCCAGGCUGUUGGAAGAGGAUACUUAAUAAGAAAGAAAGUUAAAGAAAUAAAGGAUGCAAAUAACAAAGCUGCAACAACAAUCCAAUCACAUUACAGGGGGUUCAAGGAAAGGAAGAGUUUCAAGAGGAAAAGGGAAUCAUUUCUCAAGAAAGAACAGGCUGAAAUUGCAGCUGCUGAGAAUGAAAAGAAAAAAGAUGAACCGACACCAGAGGCUAAAGUGGGGGCAUCUACUGAGCAGAUUCCCCCAGAGGUUGGGAGCAGCACAGCCGUUGAGCAGAGCUCUUCUCCACAUGUUGAGGGCAGCACAGCCGUUGAGCAGAGCUCUUCUCCACAUCCGUGUUCUUCUCAAACUGAGGAGGAAGCUGCUAUUAUCCUUCAGAGUAACUAUCGGGGUUACAGAGAACGUAAAAAGGUGAAGGAGCAGUGCCAGAAAAAGACCGAGCAACAGCCGUCUACAGAGCAAAGCCUCAAAGAAGACAAGAAGAUCAUUCAGAGUACAGCACAAGAAGCAGAAGCUGAGAUAGAUCAGAAAGAUGUUGCUGUUGCUCGCGCUCCAAGCAUCUCCCAUGAUAACUUGGACCAGAAGGCACCAGCAGAAGACAAAGCGAUGCUUCCCCAAGCAGGAAAGCCAUCAAUGAAACAAAAGCCUCCAAAAUUGCUUUCAGAGGAAGACAAAACCCAGGCUGAUUCAAGGCACUUGCCUCAGAAAGCAUCUAUCAAAAGGGCAAGCGAACAUAGCCAACAGACACCUCUGGAGAUAAGUGGCACUGAUAAGAAAAGCCCUACUUCCAUUGUUACCCAAGACAGCCACCUGGAAAGAGGGUCUCUGAAACAUGGCAGGACAAUUUCCUCUGAAAAUAAAAGCAGUACAAGGAAAGGCUCCGUGAGAGGCUCUCAGAAACAUACUGAAGCCAGCAAGCAAAGCUCUGGAGACAAAGAGAAGGCAGCGUUAGUCAUUCAGAGUAAUUAUCGAGGGUACCGGAAAAGAGGGCAGCUCAGAAAAGAAGGGAAAUUGCCUUGUCAAAACCAGGAGGGGAAAGGUGGAGGAGGGCAGAGUCAGAAUCUUGGUUCUAAAGCCUUGAAAGAGAGGCAAAGCUCCAGUGCUUAUACUGAAGGCCAAAAGACUGUUUUAAAAGAUGGUGCCGAGAAAGAAAAGUCUGACUUGGCAGCCUUCUCAAAGCAGAUAUCAAAAUUAUCAGAGGACUAUUUGCUGCUGCAGCAGAAACUGAAUGAAAUGAUCCUGUCGCAUCAGCUGAGGCCUGUGAAGCUCUCCAAAGACAAGCAAAUGAACGGCCACCUUUCUCCUCGUGUGCGUCAACCAGUUGCCUCCAGAGGAGAGGAUACCCGCCUUGUGCAGAGAACCCCAAGAAGACCUCAGAAACCCAAGGCAUUAAACAACCCUGACGAUUCGACAUAUUACACUUUGCUACAUAAAUCAGUCCAGGAGGAAAAACGGAAACCAAGAAAAAACAGUUUGGGCAAGGUCCUAGAUGCCGAUGAUUGCUAUUACCAAGAAUUUUCCUCCAUUGACUCCACCUCAAAUGAUGAUAAUACCAGCGCAAGAGAGAAACCACCAACAGAGCCAAAGAGUGCGUCAUUGAAGGUUAAUGAAGGGCCGAGGGUCACAGGGAGCCUCUUGGAAGAGAGCAAAAGCAAGGAUAAUCCUUACGACUACCGGAAACUGCUACGGAAAACUUCUCAACGUCGGCGCCUUAUCCAGCAAUAUUAGCUGCUGCUACUGCUGCUGCAGUUUGGCUUUCUUGAGCAUAAUCUUUUUGUAUGGUUUUAUACUGUGGCCAUUCCUUUUUAACGUGUGUCUGUUUCUCUCCAUCAUAUUGGAUCAUGUGUUGGAUCAUGUGAACAAGUAGUAUUGUAGCACCUUGCAGGGGAAACGGU